AUGGGGGACAUAAAAGUGUAUGUUGAUUUCUGGGAGAUGGAGCCGUCGGAUAGCGAUUUUUUUGAAACAGACUCCGAUGAGGAGUUCCCAAAAGGAGACGAUCUAGAUCUUUUAGACGACGAUUCGGAGGCUGAUGAAGAUAGACCUCAAGAUAAGAGAAUAGGAGAGCUGUCACGAGAAAAUAUCAUGCAACUUAAGUUUACAGAUGAGGAAGCUGUUUAUCGAUUCUACAAGACUUAUGCAAUUAUGCACGGUUUUACAGUGAGGUUGGAUGAAGUCAGACGCGAUAGCGAUGGUUGCGUAAUUAUGCGCCAAAUUGUUUGCAAUCGGGCGGGCUCAAGAAAGGAAGAGGUUGAAAAGGACGAAAGAAUCAGGGACCACCGACCCCUAACUCGAAGUGGAUAUGCAAACUUGUCAUUCAACCAAAAGGAUAUGUACAUCCUCAUUACUCAACAUAGGAAGGAAAAGGUGAAGGGUGGUGAUGCAAAUGCUGUAAUAAGUUACCUGAGAGGUAAAGCUGGGAAUAAUUCUUCUUUCUUUGGAAAGUACACAUUAAGUAAUGAGAAUCGAUUGGAAAAUUUGUUUUGGGCUGAUGAGACUAGCCGUAUUGAUUAUGAGUGCUUUGGGGAUGUCUUGACAUUUGAUUCGACUUAUAAUAGGAACGUCUACAAUAAACCACUUGUGAUAUUUUUUGGUAGCAAUCAUCAUGGGUAG